UGUUUAGGGUUUAAGAUAAAAAUGCGAUUUUAUGGAGGGUGUGGUCUUCGUUCUUUCUUUUAUCACCUAGAAGUUCGAGAGAUCCGAAGUUGGAAAAAAUAUCCAAACAUACAAAAGGUUCAUCCAAUAUCACAUAUGUAACAAUUUACAAUCAGGUAAAGUAAUCUCUCUCUCCCCCCCACCCACCACGCAGAAAGGUACAGUGUAGAUUGAGCUUUGUAUGGCGAAAAUGGGAAGAAAGUGCUCACAGUGUGGACACAUAGGUCAUAAUUCAAGGACUUGUACCAUUUCUAGAUGGUCUGUUAAUGGUGGACUAAGGCUAUUUGGAGUACAACUUGAACUAUCAUCUCCUUCGUCCAUUCCCACCGAGAAAUGCUUCAACGUGGAUUGCUCGUCGCCAUCCUCCUUGCCUGCAGCAGCCUCGUCGACUUCCCCAUCUUCUUCGCUAUCUUCCAUAGUUUCAAUCAACGAAAAAUCCGAUAAGGCAUUCGUUGGUUCUCUCUCUGAUGGCCACUUAGCCCAAGUUCAGGAAAGAAAGAAAGGAAUUCCAUGGACUGAAGAAGAACACGGGAUGUUCCUAACUGGGCUUGAGAAGCUAGGAAAAGGAGAUUGGAGGGGAAUUUCAAGAAAAUUUGUAACUACAAGAACUCCAACACAAGUUGCCAGUCAUGCUCAAAAGUACUUUCUCCGUCAAGCCAGUUUGUGUAAGAAGAAGAAACGGUCCAGCCUUUUCGACAUGGUUAGUGAUGCUAAUUCAGAGGCUAAUUCGGAUCAGGAAGUGGACAAGACAACAAGUGGAAUGAUCAAGAAUGUGAAAAUUCUCGAAUAGAUUCGAGCAGCUCCCUUUGUGCACAUGGAUCUCUCAACUCUUCUUCAAUGGCAAUUCUUACAGUUCUGCAAAUGUUGUAGCUCCUGAUUUGGAUUUAACUCUUUCAGCUCCCAAAACAGUGGGGAAAAGUGAAUCCUCCCCUAGCUAUUAGUGUUCUCUUUCUUAUUAAAUAAAUUACAGGCAUCUUUCUUUGCUAAUCAAAUGACCAAUACUAAAAUAAUUUGUUGGAUAGAGAAAAUAAUGG